AAAUCGGAUCAGUGUGCGCGCAGCCCCGCGGCGUCUCCAUCUCCAUCUAACCAGCGCGCAAUAAUUGAAAUGGCGCAUUUAUCCGCAGGCUGUAGGGGGAGAGGCUGAAUGCGUGAAGACAGACGUCAUCUGGCUCCCAGAGAGCCACAGGGAUGUUUGAUGUUUGUUAGAAUAUAUGUGAAAAAGAAGAAGAUUCAUGUUUAAACCUGAUGGAUAUACUAAAUUAUUCUGAUUAAUCAUCUUUGUGACAGGGCGGAGGCGGAGGGAUCUAUUUUCUCUCUCUCCUCGGUUUGACAGGAGCGAGUUGGAGCGCGUUAUUGUGAGCUAAUCCUGAUCCUGGUCCCCCCGGGGGGUCUGGAAGGCCCCGGGCUGGACUCCUCUUUAUUCUCCUGGAGGAGACGACACGGACCGGCUCGUUCAGCUCCUUCUGCUUCACUCACAUACAGCAGGACAGACGAGGACAAACAGCAGGACUGAUCACCGACCGGAAUCCUCACAUUUCGGAGCAGACAGACGCCGGUCUCCAUGUCCUCUGUGUCAUUGUCCUCUCAGGAAGGGCGGAGCAUGUCCAGGAUGUCUCUGAGCCGCUCACCUGCGUCCCCCAUGACCCCCCAGGGUAUCCCGUCACCCGCCCAGCUCACCAAGGCCAACGCCCCUGUGCACAUCGACGUGGGGGGUCACAUGUACACCAGCAGCCUGGCGACGCUCACCAAAUACCCAGAGUCCAGGAUCAGUCGUCUGUUUAACGGCACUGAGCCCAUCGUGUUGGACAGUCUGAAGCAGCACUACUUCAUCGACCGAGACGGAGAAAUCUUCCGCUACAUCCUCAGCUUCCUGCGGACCUGCAAACUGCUGCUGCCUGAAGACUUCAAGGACUUCCCUCAGCUCUACGAGGAGGCCCGGUUCUACCAGCUGACUCCGAUGGUUCGGGAGUUGGAUCGCUGGCAGGUGGAGCGAGAGGCCCAGCGGGCGCCACCCUGCGAGUGUCUGGUGGUUCGAGUCACGCCGGAUCUGGGCGAGAGGAUCGCGUUGAGCGGAGAGAAGGUCCUGAUCGAGGAGAUCUUCCCCGAGACCGGAGACGUCAUGUGUAACUCCGUCAACGCCGGCUGGAACCAGGACCCGACCCACGUCAUCCGCUUCCCACUCAACGGAUACUGCAGACUCAACUCUGUACAGGUCCUGGAGCGUCUGUUCCAGAAAGGCUUCAUCAUGAAGGCGUCCUGUGGCGGCGGCGUCGACUCGUCCCAGUUCAGCGAGUACGUCUUGUGUCGUGACCUGCGGCACAGCCAGUCCAUCACCAGCACACCGAUCCGGAUCAAACAGGAGCCGCUGGACUAACCUCCAACACCACCACCAUUUAUUAACUCACAUCUGGAUCCAGCAGACGUCUCCAGCAGCAGCUCAGACCUGAAGACUUGGAAACAAACUUUAAGCGACCUUUGACCUCUGCAGACUUCACUUUGGAUCGAAUGUUUUCAUUUUGAGCCUGAUGAUGAAGCAACAAGUCAUAAAACUGCCACGUGUAAAUAUUUGUAAUAACAUUGUUCUGUGUAUACAGGUGAAUGGUCGUUUUUAUACGUGUGCGGAUAAUUUAAUUCUUUUUAUAAAGCUGCCCCUUUUGAAACUGUAUAUUUAAUGUAUUUGUCAGCUGGUGUCACUAUUUCUCAUUUGUACAGAUGUAUUAAUAGAAACAUUAAAAAGUCACGACGUCUUCUCGCGAGGAUCAAAUUCUACAAAAACUCUUUGUCAUUUUCUUUAUUUCAUUUUUUUUGCAAAGGUACAAACAACUGUAAAAUUGCAUUGCCUGAAAUGCGUCAGGAUUGAAUACAGAAUGUAGGAAAUAUAAAUAGU